CUUUGAAAUUUGCAGCUGUGACAAAAACCAUGAGUGACCGAUACGACUCAUCCAGCCAUCACACAAAGACAAGCACGCCAAAAAAAUAUCACCCUCAUACAACACCUUUACUAGAUGAGAGCGUUGCAUCAACUGUCACGAGAGAUGAGGCUGUGGCAUCCACGUUAGAAUCUCUUUCUCUGCAUUCUGAGCCCGUAUGCAAGUCUGCGGGAAUCAACCAAAGCACAACGGUGUCUACAAGUAGCGGGACUGGCAAGUCGGCAACUUGCAGAACUCUUGCCGAAGAUGGAGAUGACGUGUUUCAGGAGCUUCCUGUUGACGGUUGCAGCAGCGAUGACAGUGAGACGGAGACGGAAGGAGAAAUCAGCAAGGGCAGGCUCUCCAUGAGCAGUGCUGCUGAACCAUGUAUCCCGCCCUGGGAGAAGUGGCUAGUGCAGAAGGAGAUGCAGCGGAGAAGGUCAUUGUCAGACCUAGCACGGAAGGAGGAGGUGGCUUUACAUCUACAAAAAGAGCAAGAGAAACAAAGGGAUCAGAAAAAGUCACUUGCAAACGCACACUUUAAACAGUGGCUACGUGAAAAGGAAGCUAACAACAUUCUUGCAAAACAAAGUGCAGACAAGCGAAAAAUACUGCAGGAUCAGGAAAGGGAAGCAAAGAGGAAACUACGUGAGAAAGCUAAAGUCCGAUAUACAGAAUGGUUGGCACAAAAACAGAAGGAAGACCUAGCAAGGGUGCAAAAGGAAAUAGAGCAAAAUAUGGUAGAGAAAAAACAAGCUGAGGAGCGAAGGAGAAAAGCAGACAUUGCCUUCAAACAGUGGCGACGUGAAUCGGAAAGUCGACUCGAGUCUCUUCCUGCCGGAUAUCUAACCGACUACCCGGUGCCUACCUACUGCAACCCAAAUCCAUGGAUACCCCCCGACAUCCCCAAACCCAAGAAUGAACCACACACCCCUCGCAAGAAGCUUCCAAAGAGUUCGACCAUGAAUGUGCGCAGGCCCCGAACUAGCCAGGCAGGAGGAAUGAGAAGCAUCAGUGUGCAGGUUUAUAACACCCGAUGUAACUCACGUUCAGCAAAGAGUCUGCAACUUCUCUGAUUGCUUCUUUGACAGUUUUUGACGUAACAUCAAUCAGGUAUUGAUUUUAUGUCAGUUAGGUAUUGAUAUCAUACAGUGUCAGUGUUGAUCAUUAUUCAUCCAAUAUUGAUCAGUUAUUGAUUUGAUAUUGAUUUGUUAAUGGACUCAUACUGAUUUGUUAUUAACUCAUAUCGAUCGGUUAUGAUCUUACAGGCUUGUACUGUCCGUAUGCCUGCUGUGUCUGUGUUCUGCUGUAAUAACGUUGAUAGUUGUGUUGAUCUCAGUCUCUGGUGGCGAUUUUACCAAAGGAAAGAUAGUUUUCCUUGAUGCAUCUUAUAUAUGGUCACCGUGCAAUAUUUUGUUUGCGAUAACUUGAUCCAGGUUUUCGUGACUGGUUAUAAUAUAUAUAUAUGGUUAUAAUAUAUAUAUACAA